CACAUUCACAUUGAAAGUCACUCAAUGAUAUUCAAUGUUUACCAUUUUCCGGCCACUUUCAUCGCGAGCUUUUUCAGUAAGAACGACUUUAUCGAGAAAUUUCUCCUGCAAAAACAUGAGUGACGCAAAGUUGGAAGCUGUUCCCGAUGUCGACAUCGACGACGAAGGCGUUUUCAAAUAUAUUCUCAUAAAAUUAUACGGCAAAGCAAAGGAAGACGGUUCGGAACCUUCAAAAGUCAUCGUUCGUGGCUUCCAAAGAGCAGAAUGGCACAACGAUAUUUACGAGGAAGUUGGUAGAUCUGUUAAUGCUUUAGGACUGGAAACGGAAUGUAUUGGCGGAGGACGAAUCGAGCAUCGCCCAGAGAAAAAAUGGUUGAAAGUUUAUGGUUACUCGCAAGGUUUUGGAAAAGCUGAUCAUGAGUUGUCCAAAAGCAUUUUAUUGAAAAAAUACUCCGACUAUACAAUCGAGUGCUCCGAUGAAGGAUACUAAACUGAAUAGAUAUCUAAUAAAAUUGCUACGCUGCUGUUUUAUUAUCUCUUUCUUAUCAAACUUAAACUCUAGAGUACAGUACAAUCAGAU